UGCAGGGUACUGGAGGGGAUCAUUUCCAUGGACCAUCUGUCUCGCUGGCUGCCCACACAACAAAGAAGGACCCAGGAUGGUGUUAGUACAUGUUGGAUAUCUGGUUCUCCCCGUCUUCGGCUCAGUUAGAAAUAGAGUAUCGAGGCUGGCUCUACAUUCCGCAUUUCUCAGACCUUUGUCCCCCUCCAUUGUGUAGCUAACGAUCAUCUGCUGCUGUCUGCCGUAGCCUCUGCCUGUUCUCUGCAUCUAGCUGUAUUGUGAACCCCUUCUUCCUCAUUUCCUCUUUCCAUCUGAAGACGACAUUGGCAUUAAAACCGAGUUCCCACUCAUACCGUAUCCUUCUGUGUAACAGACUAAAGAAUAACACCUUCUGUAGAAAACAGUUUGUCUUUAUUUAUACUGUCAUGUUGCUCUUUAGUGAAUAACCCAUUUGUAGCAUUAGACUUUACUACAGACUGUCAUUGUGAUUCUCCCAUUCAGUGUGGAUAGACUACAUUCUGCUGUAAAUUUCUGUAAAGUGGAUACAUUUUGAUCCUCCCCGAUUCGAUUACAGCCAGGCUUGAUCGAACUCUUUGAAUAUUGUCUCCAUCCCCUAUUUGCAAAGGUGCAUUGUACCAGUGCUUGUAUGAUCACCUUCUCUAAAUCACUUUUGACCAGUAAUCUUGUUAUCCUAACAUUUGCCAAUUGGCCAAUACCCUGCACUACUAAAAAUCACAGUAAUUUGUGUGAUGUUAUUUUCACCUUUGAUGGUCCACUGCACUUGCUAUAGUGGCGUCCAAACGGCUGGUCAUAAUCCUAUCCAUGUGUGAAAGCCUUUGUUCCUGCUAGCUGAAUUGAUUUUGUCGGUCACAAUAAAUUGGCGAGACUCAGAUCUAACUCAUCUUGCCAUUUUGAAAAUCCCCCCCUAUCAUUCACAGCCCCCUCUCGAGUCUUUCCUCAGACACCUCCAGAAUGCUAUCCAUUUUACAGGGAUGUGUAUAUCCUGCACUGCUGUAGAACUCCUUUUUAGAAUCAAAAUGUCUUUUAUUCUUUGGUUGUGGUUUUCUACCUUAUGUUCUUGUAUUAGAUCCUAAUGCAUGGUCAUUUUAUACUUUUGUUUUUCCACAUUGAACAGCAGAUUCCAAUGUAAUCUUUGUGUAGAGAUGUCCCUGCUGUACUGAAAUGUGCUAUAAGCAUACACAUCUACUCAUUGGAUGCUGCUUCUGUUCUGUUAACCCUACAGAGAGCAUGGUCGGGCCUUGCCUUUGGUCUUAAUUUGCAUGGUAUUAUUAUGGUUAUAUAGGACUUAUUACUCUUAUUAUUACUAUUAUCACACAGUGCCACACAUCCUAAUAUUUUCCAAUAAAGACUGUAGUUUUCUUCCUAACCUUCAGUGUGCUUUUUGCUGAUUUCCAUGUGUUCCUCCCCUCCUCCCUCCACACUGUGCUGUCACUGAGACGGUCCCCUCACUCUAUAUGUGCUCUCAUUUCUCAGCUGUCUUUGACAGAGUUUCUUCAAGUUGCUGCUCUGCUUAGUUUGGAGUAGGGGCAACCAAAUUUUCUAUCCAUUAAAAAAGAAAAAAAAAAGCAUGUUUAUAGUGAAACACACCGGCAUUGAUAUUUAAUGUUACACGCUGUCAUUCCUUCCUAAUCCAUACACAAUUGUUUAUAAAACAAGACACAGCCUCCCUCACAUCCACUCAUUGGUGUUCAUUGGUGUUGAGUUAACAUUGGAACCACUUUGAGCGAUAUGGACAAAUUCUUCUAUCAUGGAGCACACUUCACCAGGCAUCACAAUAGCCAUGCUACCUCCUGCCGACACUUUCACCUGGGCGCUCCCCAGGCGCCCAUCUCAGCAGAGUUCCCUCUAGGACAUGCCAGCCAGCCCCCUCAGACAGGCCUGGCCACCCACCUGCCCCCGGCACACCAUCCGCCCCUCACUGCCCUGCCUGCACCCCCUCAGUUCCAGGAUGUGCCGGGGCCUCCAUUCCUACCUCAGGCCUUACACCAGCAAUACCUCAUCCAGCAGCAGCUUCUUGAAGCGCAGCAUCGCAGGAUCCUCCCACACUCCAGAAGAACCCAGGAGCGUAUUCCCCUGAACCCUCACCGACUGCGUUCAGGCUAUGAGUACUCCCCUCCCCUCCACGUUCCCCAGCCAAUGACACAGCAGCCACGGUACCUGGCCGAAGGCACCGACUGGGAUCUCAGCGUAGAUGCCGGCCUCCCUCACCACCAGUACCAGCUCCAGCAGCUUCCACAGCACUAUCAGCAUUACCUAGCCUCCCCUCGAAUGCACCACUUCCCCAGGAACACAUCCUCUGCACAAGUGGUUGUGCAUGAAAUCAGAAACUACCCGUACCCUCAGCUGCACCUGUUGGCACUGCAAAGUCUGAAUCCUUCAAGGCAUGCCACCGCUGUGCGAGAAAGUUAUGAGGAGCUGUUGCAGCUGGAGGACCGGCUGGGGAGUGUCAGUAGAGGAGCUGUCCAGACAACCAUAGAGAGAUUCACCUUCCCACACAAAUACAAGAAGAGAAAGCCCCUGCAGCUGAAGAUUGGAGAGGAGGAGGAAACAGAUGUGGAUGAGAAAUGUACCAUCUGUUUGUCCAUGCUGGAGGAUGGAGAGGACGUCAGGAGACUGCCCUGCAUGCACCUAUUCCACCAGGGCUGUGUGGACCAAUGGCUGGCCACCAGCAGGAAGUGUCCAAUCUGUCGAGUUGACAUCGAAACACAGCUGAACCCUGACAGCUGAUGAGAUUCAACCUCCCCUCCCCUCACACUCUCCUUGUCAAUCACCCUUGUGUGGUUCCUGCUUUCUUCCACCCCGGCUUGCCGGCCUCUCUCCCCUCCCGUUGGGUGCUUUGCCAAAUGUCUCCAGACUUCAUAUGACAUCAUCACCCUUCUGACUCACGCUUUACUGAGCCAAGCCAGGAUAACUAACUGCACGAGAGGCUGCAAAGGACUCUCUUUAUAUAGAAGCACAUCCCUCUGGAAGCAAAAGACACGCAAACACACACAGACACACAGACACAGACACACAGACACACACACACACACACACACACACACACACACACACACACACACACACACACACACACUCACACACACACUCAUGUACACAGGGUUUACUUGUAGCUUGCUGGUCAAUAGUGGGGUGUUGUUGCUGUUGUGGUGUUGUACUUGUAGGUAGCCCCGGGCUGUGUAGCAUGUCCUUAAAGCCAUGACUUAAUGUCCUGAGAGUGGAAAACACAUAACCCCACACUGAGCUGGCUACUUUCUCUCUUUUCUCUCUCUCUCUCUCUCUCUCUCUCUCUCUCUCUCUUACAUUUCUCUCUUUUUAAACACACUUCAAUCAAAAAUGAAUAUUCUGCCACAUAAGAAAGCUUAACAGAAACUAAAUGCUCUGAUGCCAUGUUUACCUAAAGAUCAUUUGUGGUCGUAGUAGAGUAGCAGUAACCAACAAGUGAUAUCUGGUGCAAUGUCGCCUUCUUGGGGACAAGCGCCAGCUACCUGAUGUUUUAAUUCUAUCAUGCAGCUUUGACAUUUUGCAAUACAGUUGUACAUUUACCUUGGGUUGGUGUCAUGUGAGAUGGUGUCAUGUGAGUAGGUCUCUCUUUCACUGCCGCAGACAACCGAGCCCAGUGAUCGAGUUGUUGUGUGUUUAAAAUUUAAAAAAUAGGUAGAAAGUGUUUUACCAAAAUGCAUUUUGUCACAGUGUAGCUUGAACCUGACGUGCAGGUUCACAUGUGUGUGCUCUGCCCUGCUGUGUGUGACUUCAAGAAUGUGUCUAACAAAGGUGUGGGUGUUCAAAAAGUGCAAAUGUGCGUGUGUUUAAAGGGUUUCAGGCAACACCUUGACUCACUGUAGGUUAAUAGCAUGGCCAUUGGAGUGCUUAUACAACACAAAGCCAAAAAAAAAAGGGAUGAAAAAAAGGAAACUAUCAUGCACCGCAGAAUGAGGUGGGAGGAAGAUUUAGCUACCCUUGUACCUGCAUCUUCAUCUGGCGCAGGGCCAGUGGCAGAACAGUGUGUACUAAAAAUGCAUGUUUCAUCGUCGACUUGGGCUGUUAGCUUUGGUAGCGUUACUUCAAUUUAAAAAGGUACAGAGAUGGCUGUGCAUGACUUAGUUAAUCUGAGCUGUGACUAUCUUCUCAACACUAACAAACAAACAAACAAACAAAAAAAUGAGCACGGUGUCAGUGGCUGCUCCCCUGACUUGUAGCGUGUGUUCAUCUUGUCCCCUUUGGGUGCAACGAUGGGAUCCUCUUUUCGAUGUUAACCUUAUUGCCUAAAGAACAAGCACAUGUGACAAUAGUUACAGCAACAAAAGUUUUUUUUUCCUUGGUAUUGCAUUUGCGUUGGUUUAUAUUUAGGUAUAGAUUCAUGCAGUGUUUCAGCAGAGAGAGGAGCUUGCGUAUUGAUCUUGUGUAUUUGUGUGACAGACCUCCCCUCGUGGUUGCUAUGCUGGUUGCUAUGCUGUAUUGCUAGAACAUGUAGAACGUGGUGCGACGGAGGCAGCCUCCCUCUCACAGUGCACACAGACACGAGAUGACACGACAGCAGGAAAACGUUCAGGCUGUUAAAAGAAGUCGUGGUCUCACCAAUUUUCACUUCUUCUUUUUUUUUUUUUCCCUACGUGUCGCCUCAUCAUUUCAGCUCCACAGGGCUGUGUGUUAAUGGCUGCCUUUAGGACCCUCACUGUCCUAUGCACUGUGAUAGUAAAGGAUAAGAUUUGGCCCAGAGUCUCUUUCAGCCUCGUGGGCCAAGGAUCAAUCAACAACGAUUACUUCUCCCUGUCUUGUGCACUGCCAGUGUUGACACUGCCUCCUCCUGUAGUGGAGUCAUCUGUGAUGAAGUUUUCAUAGUUUACACAGGGUGUUGUCAGUUGAGAUGCCUUAAGUAUUUAACAAUCAUAAUUUAUUACUAACUGUAGAUAUUGUGGGUAUGUAUUUAAUUUUGUAUAGUUUUUUGGGGGCGACUGAAUCAUAAUUUAUUUAUUUAGAAAUAACACAAAAAUGCUAUGAAAAAAACUAUUACCUCAUUUUUGCAUUGUUUUAAAUGGGAAUGCUUUGCAUGCAGUUGUACUUUUUGGAACACUAAAAGUUAAAGAAAAAAAAAUUAGCCCUGCUGUUUGAUCUCCACAAGCUGGCUGUGCGAUGUUUACUGUCCAAGGCUGAGCUACUGAGCCUGCUCUCCGUCUCUCUCAGUCUAUCUCUAUGUCUCUCUCUCUCUCUCUCUCUCUCUCAGUCUAUCUCUAUGUCUCUCUCUCUCUCUCUCUCUCUCUCUCUCUCUCUCUCUCUCUCUCUCUCUCUCUCUCUCUCUCUCUCUCUCUCUCUCUCUCUCUCUCUCUCUCUCUCUCUCUCUCAAUCUAUCUCAUGUGGUGCUGUGGAUCUUGGUUACAUUCCAUUCAAUGCAAUUUCUCUGAUCCCCCAUGCUGUGAUGUAGUGGACAAACUGCAAUGAAGUGAAUUGGUUUUAGUUUGUGAUUUCUUUCUUUUUUUUGUUUUGCACUCACUUGUUAAAAUAUGGGAACCCUCUCACUGGCAAAAAAAAUGGUAGUUUAGAUUAUUUAAUAUUAUCACUACAAACUCUGGCUUUUGUUCUUUUUAUGCUCUGCUUCUCACAAUGCACUAUGGGUCUUAAUAAUGAUCAUCCGUGAAGCAUGUUCCUUCGCUUUAACUCUUUGUAUCUAUCAUUUACGUUUCAUCUCUCUGGUGUUUCUCUUCAGUUCUUUUUCCAGAAUAGUUUGUAGACUUAAGCAUAACAAGUGCCUCGCUUUAAGUGUUAGGAGAUAUUUCCAUAUUACUGACACCAUUAAUACGUAACAAUCAAUCCAUGAAGCCACCAUGCCUUAUUGGUUGCAUAAUUAAUUAAAAGGAUGGGUCAUGAAAGUGCUAAGACAACAUUUGACAGGUGUCUACAAAAGCCAUUUUCCUCAAAAAUUCAAGUCAAACUGUCCAAAAGAGCUGUCGGUUUGUAGGACUGAAGCAUCACAUACUGUGGAAAUAGUUCUGACUACAAAGAGGCAUGUUUCACUGUGGGCUUUACAAAUAUUACAGUCAUCUUCCUUUACUUCAUGUCUCUAUUCUGUUCAUCUUCUAUCUCCUAUUCUCUCCACUGCUUUUUUUAUUUUAUUUUACCGUCCAUCCCUCCUCUCAGAAUCUAUCCUCUGUUUCCUUUCACAGUCUAAAAGGAAGGCAAGGAUUUUAAAGCACAACCUUUUCUAAAAAUGCAUGUUUUCUCAGGUUUCAAUAUAGUCUCAAUGGUUUAAUAGUAUAUGGUGAAAAUAUAUACAAAGAAAUAUAACAGAAAAAAAAAUAUUAAUUUUGUUGCUGCUUGAAUCUGAAAAACAAAACUGAAGAGAAAAUCCCAAAAAGUGCCAGUGAAAGGGCUGCCGCCAUCCUUGUAUGAAAAUCUGCUGUUUAGCUGUGACUGCGCAAUGUUUUUCAAUAUAGGAUAUUUUAUCUGAAAAUAGAACUAUUUAUCAUUAAUAUUAAAGCAAUAGCGCAUUAAUGGUGAUGAGUGUGUUGAUGAAGAAAUGGAUGAGCAUAUUAUGGGUAAAUGUUAGAUUCACAUUUGGUGGAAUUUUGUACUUUAUUUAUUAUUACUACUAAUAAUAAUGAUAAUGAUUUCAAAAGUUGCAUUGCUAAACCCAAACUGUUCUGUUUUGUUUUUUAAUUUUAAUUUUAUUUCAUGGCUUGUAUAUUAUCCUUUUGUAUGUGCUCUUUUUGUAAUAAAUUGGAUAAAAUAGA